GCCGGGGCGGGCGGCGUGGGGGCGGUAUGAGGGCCGGCGGCCCGGGGGGCUGAGGCGCCCGCCGCCUGCCGCGGGGCCGCACGCGUCCUCCAUGGAGGCCGGAGAGGAACCGCUUCUGCUGGCUGAGCUCAAGCCCGGGCGUCCCCACCAGUUCGAUUGGAAGUCGAGCUGCGAAACCUGGAGCGUGGCCUUCUCCCCAGAUGGUUCGUGGUUCGCGUGGUCUCAAGGACACUGCAUCGUCAAGCUGAUCCCCUGGCCGCUGGAGGAGCACUUCAUCCCUAAAGGGUUUGAAGCCAAAAGCCGGAGCAGCAAAAAUGACACAAAAGGGCGAGGCAGCCCAAAGGAGAAGACUCUGGACUGUGGGCAGAUUGUCUGGGGUUUGGCCUUCAGCCCGUGGCCUUCUCCACCCAGCAGGAAGCUCUGGGCACGCCACCAUCCCCAGGUGCCAGACAUCUCUUGCCUGAUCCUCGCUACAGGACUCAAUGAUGGGCAGAUCAAGAUUUGGGAGGUGCAGACAGGGCUCCUGCUUUUGAAUCUUUCCGGCCACCAGGAUGUUGUGAGAGAUCUAAGCUUCACGCCCAGCGGCAGUUUGAUUUUGGUGUCAGCAUCUCGGGAUAAGACUCUUCGCAUCUGGGACCUGAACAAACAUGGUAAACAGAUCCAGGUGUUAUCGGGCCACCUGCAGUGGGUUUACUGCUGCUCUGUCUCCCCGGACUGCAGCAUGCUGUGCUCUGCAGCUGGAGAGAAGUCGGUCUUUCUGUGGAGCAUGCGGUCCUACACGUUAAUCCGGAAGCUAGAGGGCCACCAAAGCAGUGUUGUCUCUUGUGACUUCUCACCUGACUCCGCCUUGCUCGUCACGGCUUCUUACGAUACCAACGUGAUCAUGUGGGACCCCUAUACUGGCGAGAGGCUGAGGUCACUCCACCACACCCAGCUUGACCCCCCCAUGGACGACAGCGAUGUUCACAUUAGCUCCCUGAGGUCCGUGUGCUUCUCUCCCGAAGGCUUGUACCUCGCCACGGUGGCGGAUGACAGACUCCUCAGGAUCUGGGCCCUGGAACUGAAAACUCCAAUCGCAUUUGCUCCUAUGACCAAUGGUCUUUGCUGCACAUUUUUUCCACAUGGUGGAGUUAUUGCCACAGGGACAAGAGAUGGCCACGUCCAGUUCUGGACAGCUCCGAGGGUCCUGUCCUCACUGAAGCACUUAUGCCGGAAAGCCCUUCGAAGUUUCCUAACCACCUACCAAGUGCUAGCACUGCCGAUCCCCAAGAAAAUGAAAGAGUUCCUCACAUACAGGACUUUUUAAGCCACGCCCCAUAGUCUUAUACUUGUUUUCUUGGUAGCAGGAUAAACCUCCCUGGCAGGGGAGCAGCUGGAACCAGGGGCCAGUCAUCAGGUCUUGGCUCCAAAGAUCAUUUCUUUUUGGGACUGUGAACAGAAUGUAGGGAAACCAGAUACCAGUGGACUAGUCACCAGGGAUUUUCUCCGUGACAUGGGGAGGUCAGUCACAGAGGGGGACUCCGGCUCCGCGACAGCUGAGCCUUCCCUUAAACCCUGAGGCCACUUACAGACGGCAGUGCCCAACACCUUUUAAAGUCAUGGUUUUGAUUCAAGCGCAGUUACUCAUGUUGAUUCGGUAAGAAGGGUCAGCAGGCCUCAGGAGCCUCUGUGUCGGGGCGGAGUUGGGUCCCUCGACUGGCAAGCGUGGCUUCUGCCCCGCACUUAAGCGUUGUCGUGUUUCACACACAGUGGUGACACUGUUCUGAAGUUCUCUCCUGCUGUGUCAGAGUGGCUUUGAUGUUGGCAAGUGCCGUCCUUCCUCUGGCUCCCCUCUGACCGGCAGGACAAAAUGCAGGACAAAGUUUUCAUGGAGCCGUGUGCCGUGAGGUAUUGACUAAAUUGCAGCUGACUCAGAGGCCGUGCUCCCGACUGAUACACUAUAAAUGGCUUUUUUUUUUUUUUUUUUUUUUUUUAUAAACAGUGGUGUGCAUGUGCAGGCGAUGACAGAUGUGUAUGUCCGGUCCCACACAGAUGUCCCCCUAAACUGCAUGACUGUUCAGAUGGCCACCGCGUUGGCGGGUGUUUGCCAUUUGUAGCAUAUUUAUUUGUAUUUUCUCAGCAGAUGUUAAGGUACAACUGUGUUUCCCUCCACGGUAUCUAAAACCCAUAGUUGUUAAGCCGACCAGUUGUGAAGAUGUCUCUUCUUGAUUGUGUAGAGAAUUGGUGUGGCCGCCCCUUCGGCUGAUUCUCGUGUACGCGGUCUUCCUCUGCUGCGUCACCUCAUCGGACUCCUCAGCUGGUGUCACCUCCACCCCUUCACAGAAAUAGCUCCUUGAAAGUACUGUUCUCCUUCCUUCAGUGGCGUGUCAUUAUCUGAUCAAGACACCUCAUUCCAAUGAAAUCUGCCUUUGGAAAAUUUAAUAUAUUUUAAAUUAUUUUAAAAGAAACACAA